CAGCGUCUUCGGUUCUUUACUUCAUUGACAACGUUUAGGAUUUGUUUUAAAGAUGGGCGCGAUUGUUGCAGUCUUGAGUUUAUAGGGAAGUAAGGGAGCGGCGGUAAAAGCAGCUUUCAUAUGCUUGGUUACCAUGGGCAAUGGGCCUUUGCAGAUUACCAGUCCAGCCGCCAACAUCACUGGAGUGCUGAAUUCCCGCUGCACUCUGUUCAGUUCCGAUUCGGAGGAUUAUAAAUGUGUCACUAUCAUUGCUGUGAAGCGAGCCUCUGCUGCCUUCUCUCUACUUGGAUGCUCCUUUAUGCUUCUCGUGAUAUGGUUAUUUCGAAAGUACAACUCUUUAGCCCAGAAGAUGAUCUUGAGCCUUACUGUGGCUGCAUUGUUUGACAGUAUUGCCUAUCUCAUGGGAGAAGUUAUCCCAGAUGGUGUCCUUUGCAAUUUUCAGGCUUGGUGGCUUACGUACUUUGACUGGUGUUCCCUGGCGUGGGUUUGUUGCAUAACCGUCAACCUUUACUUCAACUUGGUGAAAGAAAUCAGAACAGAUCACUUUGCAGUUGCAUAUUAUGUUGCAGCGUGGGGUGUGCCUUUCAUUCUGUCCUGUCUUCCACUCUUUGGCGAUUAUUACGGCCCUGCUGGAGCAUGGUGCUGGAUCACAGAUGAUCAUGUUGCCUGGAGAUUUGGCAUAUGGUAUAUCCCAUUGUUUGUCCUCAUCUUUCUGAUGAUGUCCAGCUACAUUCACAUAUUUUAUGUGGCUAAACAGCGGGUUUUAACUUGGUCUGGCCCAUAUGAUCCUGAAAGAGAAAGAAGCAAGAUUUUAUUGACGCUGGAAAUCAAGCCACUUAAGUGGUACCCAUCUGUAUACCUGGCUGUGUCUCUUUUUCCUCUCAUUAACAGGCUGCACAAUGCGUUUGAUCCCAGUCAUCCUGUUUUUAUCCUGACACUCCUCCAUGUUAUUACUGCACCACUCCAUGGAUUGGCCAAUGCCAUUGUGUUUGGGUUGGACAGGGAAACAUGGGGCCAGCUGAACUUCACAUCUCUACAGCUUGCUUUCCAGUCCCGAUUUUCUGAUACAACAUUGAUCAAGGAGUACCAGCCGGGGCCUGUGCGCUACAUGGCCCAUUUGGAAAGCGAUUCCUCAGACUCAUGUGAUGACGGCACAGGAGCAAUUUAUUCAUCGACCGUGACAUCCAGGGACAGGAGGCCCUGACAACAGCAACACCCCGCAACUGAGCAUGUGCACUGUUGGACUCUUAGACAAAGGAAGAACCCCUCCGUGACACUAGAGCUGAGCUGUCAACCCUCAUUAUUAAUUCUAGGGUCUUAAUAUUUAAUGUCAUAAAACUGGAACAGAAGCUUCAGAUUUGUGGAGGAACCAUCAUGCUAAACACAAACACAUAGUUAAAGAGGUUGUUCCUUUCAGCUGUCUCUGGUUUAUGUUACACACAAAGGAAAAGGAUAGUCUAAAGCAAUAGAAAAACUAAGAACAUAAUGUUGAGUAAGAGGAAAGUGUUUGAUGAAAUUGAUCUAAUGGUCAUAUAUGAAAAGUUAAGUGCAGUGUUUUAUUUCAAACAAAUAUAUUUACUUUAUUUCUUUAGUGAGGGCAUUGGAUUUUUAUGUUGAUUUUGCUUUAAUUGUAUUUGAAUAUUUUCAGAACAGUGCAUUCUCAAUUUGGCUGACCAGUCUAUUUGAUUCAGGUUGCGUAUGAAUUAUAAUGAGUGAAACUAUGACUUUGAUCCCUGUACAGUAUGCUGUGGGGAAAGCAGACAGUUCAGGAGGGUAGGGAAGCUGAAAAGGAGAGGAAAUGCACAGUGUAGAGCCCUAAGUAGACACAGACAAAAUGAUGGAAAGCCAUAACUACAGGACAACUUUUUGAAAAAUGUUUACAAUUUAAUUUAACAUUAGUUAUUUAAAGUGUCCAAGUUAUUGAAGAUAACUGUUUUCAAAGAUCAAGCAAACAUUAAAGCCAUCUAACGAUGUCCAAAUCCAUAUGAUUCUUAUUAACUAUUUUUAAUUGUGUUUUGUUAUCAGAUCUUGGCUUAUGGACUGCUUUGUGUAAUUUAUAUUUGCUUAUAGGAUUAUUGUGCCUAUAUGUAGUAAACUAGAGCUUUCCUACAAAAUCUUCCAGAAAUGCUGUUAAUUGAAAUGAACGAAUCUGCCUUAGAAACAUUUUUUGUUUGAGUUUGUUCAUUUUGUAGAACAUUGCAGAAAAUAUAAAAUUAAGUGGCUUAACAAGAUGGUGCAUCUUUGUGGCAGUGGUAAGAAACAUUUAGCUCUCACCAUAAACUGCUGUCUUUAAUCCUGACAGUCUGUUUGGCGCAACUGUAUGGGAGCCUGUGUGCAGGUAACCUUCUUGUUUUCAUGUUUGCAGCUGAUACUUGGUCACUGGCAAAUAUUAGAAAGAGUUUAGCAUCACGUUUUACAAAAUUGAAGCCUUUUCUAACAGAGACAUGAUUUACAUUGUUCUGUGAUCAAUUUUCUGCUACUAAAGUAGUAUAAUUUAGGCACUGCCCUCAAUUUACUCAACCCAUUUGUCCCAAAAUGUAAAAUCUCAUACACUAAACAACUGUUUAUGAGAUCUGACUAAACCCAAGAAUGGGAGUGAGAAUAAGAAAAGUCCAUUGCAGUAACAAAACACAACUAUUAAAGCAAAUUGGGAGUCUGAAUUUGUAUACUUGUAUAUUGGGCCAUCCCUGUUCCCUAGAAUUUUAUUAUUGCAGCUUUAAAAUACGGAGUGGAAUUAAAAUUCGCUUGGACUACAAAUCAGCAGCAUCAAAUCAGCUACCCAUGAUAAACAUUGACCCAGUUCCUUUUCAUAUACUUUGGUCUAAAGCAAAAUCAGAAGAGUUAAUCAAGACCACACUGUGGUUCAUUUUAUGCUUCCACCAGAGUCAGAUUUCACCAUAUAGUCGAUUAGAGGAACGAACUGAAACCCACAUCUCAACUUUAAAAUGUGAAUUUGGCAUUCAAGCUGUAUGAGGCCUAAAGUAGAAUAAUAGCCUGAUAACUACCAUUAUUACUGACUUGCAAGGCAGUUCAAAGAAUUUUAAUUUAUACAGUGUCUUUCACAACCUCAGAAUUGCAAAAACGCUGCUUUUCUCCAAAUGGUUUAAUGUAUUUUUUUUAUGUCCAUGAGAGUGGUUUGACAUUUCUCUUAAAAGACAGUGUCUGAGAUAGCAUAGUCCUCCUCAGCAGUGCAGCAAAAUGUUCACCCAGAUUAUGUACUCAGAUCUUGGGGGUGGGAGUUGAAUUCUCAGCCUUCUAACUGGGAGCUGAGACUGUAACCCCUGGGCCACAGCUGAUAUUGAAAUGCUAUUUCUUAAUCCUCUGCCACAAUGCUGCAUAGAGAGAAUGCUGUCAGGACUAGCCUUCCCAUCAAAAACAGACAUCCUGUUUGGCAGUCAGAGUUGUAUGACAGGAACUCUGAAGAUGUGCUCAGCUCAUUGUAUUAUAACCUAAUGUUUAAAGGAAAAUUAUAUUUGUAAGUUAUGUCCUUUGGUGGUCUAUAAAGAAUAAACUAGUGAGACUUUCAUUUUUAAUCAAGAAAGCAUAAAAUAUAAUUCUAUUUUAUGUUUUUUUUACUUUGUUACAGUGUUAAUUCUCAAAAGGAAAUGAGUGCUCAACAGCAAUAGCGAAGUUGAGCAUUUUUGAAAAAUGCUGUGAUGUUUUAUCUUUAUUCCAACAAAUAAUUUAGACUAUAUCCCUAUUUCACUUGUUUAAAGAACUGAGGAAUUUUAAUAUUUUAAUAAAUAUUAAAUAUAGGCCAAAUGGACUGAAGUGAAAUAUAUUGUUUGAAUUGGUUAGUAGUCGAAUAGGGUGAGUGGGAGUUUGAUGAGGAAAUUCAGAAGCCCAGAGGCUGACUAUUACAUGGCUCCAUGGAGUAUGCUUUUAAUGGGGAGACAGCAAGGAGGGUGGAUGAAACAUUUAAAACAGAUUGAGUAGCUAAUCAGCCACAUUUCCAUGUUUACCUGACCUCACCCCAAUAAAUUUGGUUGUGGGUGGUUGCCAGAAUUUUCAGCUUGCCCAUCAUAUAUUAGUAAUAAUUAAGGGUCAAAAUAUUACUCCAAUAUUACCCUGCCCAUGCCAUGAUUCAAUUGGCGCGGCUGACCUUUCUUUUAAAGUGAUUUUUAAAGCAGUAGGAAUCAAAGAGUGUACUAUCUUCAAUGUGCAAACCCUCACUGCGUUCUGCCCGACCAAAAAAAGUAUACACCCUGCUUUCCUUCCUGGACUGCAAAAUUAACCAUUACUUCUUCAAAUUCUUAAGACGCUUGAACCAACGGCUCUAAUAUUCCUUGACAUAGAAUCUAUGACGUCCAAAUGCACCUGCUGACCCCUCACCCCCUUCCUGGAUUAAAUGCAGCCCGAGGUGUCACAACAGAAUCUCCCCCAGGAAGUCAGCCUGAGCUUCAGGCUUGCAUUCCAUUUGGACAGGUGAACAUCAAAAGUAAGGACCUGAUGAUGCUUUUGGGAUCACAGGUGCACUUAGUGAUGGUAUCGAAUUCCCAACCUCAGCAGCUGAUUCCAAGUUUGGGUGCCUUUCUUUGAUGAAUGAUAAGAGUAUGGAUCAUAUCCAAGAGAAGAAAAUAUUCUCCCUUGGAAUGUCCAUCAAAAUAUUGAAAUGACCAAUCUGCCUCAGACGAAUGGAUUAACCCAGUUCCACUAAAUCCAGAUAUUGGUAUUAGCAAGUCAGAGAGAGUUUAAAAUUGGAUUUAAAAUUUGAGCAUCUCACUCUACCACAACCCAAUCCUUUCUGGGGAAGGUUAACAUUUUCUCAUUUGAGUCAAUUAGAGUCAUAGAGAUGUACAGCACAGAAACAGUCCCUUCGGUCCAACUCAUCCAUGCAGACCUGAUAU